UCGUCUUCACUUGUACACCGUAUCUCGCGGGCGGCCUUUUUAUGAGCAGCUAGUUGGAUCUUGCUCUCCCUGACCCAGAGUGAACGCAUCCUCCUCCUCCUUCUCUUGGAACCAAACCAAGAUAAGCAAUGGCUCUAGUUGGUCAGGCUGCCAUGGUUGCGCAAUUUGCAGGAGUGGACGCCUACGGGCUCAUCAAGAUGAUCGCCGAUGCGGCGCAGACGGUCCGGAGGAACAGAGCCACCUGCCUGCAGCUCGCACGCCGCGCCAAGAUGAUCGGAGACCUGCUGCACCAGCUCCACGCCGCGCAGCUCAUGCAGCAGCCGGAGACGAGGAACCCCAUUGAGCAGCUCGAGGAGACGCUCCGGCGUGCGCUGCUGCUCGUCAGGUCCUGCCAGGGCAGCGGAUACCUCUACCGGUGCUUCAUGGGGGCGCGCCACGCCGACGAGCUCCGCGAGGUGCAGGGUGAGAUCACGUUCUACCUCCAGCUUUUCCCUCUCGUCAGCUACGUCGACACCACCCUCACCUGGGUCAGACUCCUCAACAAAGGUGCUGCUCCUCAACCUCCUUCAUGCAAAGAGGCACCUGUGGUAAGACCAUAUUUUGUGCCGGAUGACUGGUGCUUGCUAGUUUCUUAUUCAGGAAGUAUACCUUGGCACUGUAUACACAUGGUUUACAUCCUUCUCUUCUUUUUAAUAUCUAUUAACCACCCGUCGGCAAAAUUUAUCUUGGCAUGUAUCUGCAGGAGUUAAAAUUGUUGUGCAGCUGACCAAUUGUUUCUUUUCUCAUCACUUCAUUGAUUGAAAGGAUUAGCAAUUAUACUAUCUAGCUAGCACAAUGUUUCUGCAACUGCUAGUUAGCAUUGUGCUUGUUAUGUAUCGCGUUCGUGCUCUUGUCUCUGGAGAACCUGGCUGGCAUAGAAUGAAAUUCAAGUUCACCCGAUCCAAACCGCAGUAGUAAGUCGGUCUUUCGUUCGUGUGCCAAAUAGGUAUGUUGGUAUUUUCUUUUCCUUGCAGAAGAUCAGAUCAUAGUUGAGAACUGAUCAUGAGAAUCUUGUGUAUUGUUGUUUGUUUGCCACUCGAGUUAUUGGGUGUUCACCUUUGCAUCCGAAAGCUUACAUUUUGAUCCAUCAGGAUCACAAAGUUCCAGUUUCGGAGGCGCAGUCGCCGUCACAGGUGCUGUUGGAUAAUCGGUGUAAAGAAACUUACAUGCCCCCUUCACAUGCUGCAACCCUCCAGUUUCAAAGGGUAGCCUGUGUAUUGCAUCACACAUGACUUUGCUUGAAGGCCCUCUCUCAUCUAUAUAAGCAAAGCUUCAGCCUCAGGUUUCUGAAUAGUAGGAGGUGAGCUCGGAAGCAGCAAUAAGUCUCAAGCCCAGUGCCACUGUACAAUUGAUCCAGGCAUCAGAGCUGAUAGAAAAUUAGAAGAGCGAAUAUAGGACGCUGGUUCCAGCAAAACUUGUCUCAUUCAACUUCCUUUGAUCCCAAAGAAACCCGUUUUGCAACGCCCGCGGCCAGAGUUACAGAUUUACAUAAACUGCAGAGAUAAUACUGGUUCUCACACAUGGUUCUUGUUUACCUUGUAUCUGCGCAUUGCCAUUGGCCGUACCUUGGAGUUUCUCUGUAACUGCGCAUGACCAUUGGGCGUACCUUGGAGUUUGUCCAAGCAGGCAUACGCCCCACUUUAUAUUAAUAAAGCCAUGCAGCAAAAUGGUACUA